AUGCGGACAAGACGUGGUGUAUUAACUCUCUCCACCAGCACCACGAGUAUUUCCCGCCCACUGUCGCCGUUCUAUCUCUUGUCUAAGCUGGAGUCUUGGAUAUCGGGGUCGAAGCAUAGGCGGUUUAUGAUUGUGGGCGACUCUGCCUAUGCUUCCCCCCCAACUGCUGAGCACGGUGUUAAUCAGGCGUUCGAGGACAUCUACACUCUCACAGGGGGUGGAGCCAGCCUGAGAGUAUCAACAAAGAAGUGGCACCAGGGACGCCAGAGUCGAAUCAACCUGGUCAUUGACUUGAAUGAUUAA